AUGGCAAAAAGUCACCAUCCUGUGGAUUUGGGUCUGCAACAAUUGCCGGCAUUUCUAGUGUCGCACAACCCACAAAUUGUACUCCAAAGUGGUGGAUCUGCCUCGUCACCCCAUUUACCCCAGCGUGCAGUUGUGCGCGUACGCAACCUACUUCGAGGAGGAGCAUAUCGCGACAGACGUCUAGCUGGGGCCGUUGUAUCCGUUAUUUCACUUGUGGUGGUUUUAGCUUUGUUGGCUGUAUGCCGGACCGUUCAGAAGAAACUGGAAUUCGGAGCAGCACCAGGCCGAAAUCUGUCGGAUGCGGAUGAUGAUCAGGAGCGCUCCAACAUUCUAGAGGAAUGCCUGGAUUUUGAGGAAGAGCAUGGCCUUGGGAAGGCCUCUCACAAAACGGUUGAGGAUGCUAACAAAGGAACGGAGAGGCUGGUUGCCAUGAUGUAUGAGUCUGCAGCAGAUUUUGAACGGAAGCGGGCCCUUACUUCAGCGGGAUUGCAAGGCGAAGAACUGUUGCGUCCGGCUAAGGUUGCUAGGCUUAAUGAGCCAUCGUCAUCCACCUAUCACCAGCUGACGCCUGUUGAAGUAUUUGAGUCGGACAUCAGUGGAGUGGCAUUAGGCCAACCGGCUGACCCUUUAGAUGCAGAUGCGUGGGAGACGACUUAUCCGGAGUUCGGGUUUGACGAAGGCAAGCAGCAGCAACACUUGCCGAAGCCGACUGGAGUGUCAUGGUUCAAACAGGGCGCACCACCAUUUCCCGUAAGUUGGCCAUCUACCUAUGAAGCAAAGGCUAGCGGUAGUCAUUCGGCUUCCGUGUCUAUUGGCAAUGAACGCAGCGCUGACGCUUUGGUUCCUGACUCCUGGCUCCACGACUUUGUGGGGAGCAAGGCUGCCCACAGCAGCAGACGACGGGCAGCCGGCACGGUAUGGCCAAGCCCAGCGGUGGAGGCAACUUUGGCCGCCCCCACAACUGCAGGUUCUAUGCGGGCUUCUGAUGAGCAUGGAGGUGGAAUAGUUAAAACCCCACGUACCAAGGCCCGCCGGAAGCGUGCAAAAUUGUCCACACAGGUGAAUGCAGUAGAACAGCAUGGACGCCUGCAAGAGGCCUCUGAUGUGACGUCGGGUGGUAUUGGGAGGUCAGUUUCAGAUGAGGAUGGCCUGGCUGCCGCCCGCGUACCCUGUAUUCGUGGGGACAUUCGUCUGCAUCCUUUUGUGCGGUUACCUGCGGUAAAUCCAAAACAUAUCCGCAGAAGCUUUCGGGAGAGGUUUGCGCUAUUACCCCGCUUGGGGAAGUCUAUUCCUAUUAUGGAGUCGUACACGACAAUGCGGAGUUUGUUUGCCAAGGAGUUGCUGACGGCUAUCGAUGUGGAGAUACUCAUGACCGAAGCGGAAAUACUGGCGAACUACGCAACAAGCAAACUGUCAGCGACACCAAAGAGGCGCACAGCACACUACCUUGUUGUGAAGCUA